CCGCGCAUACUCAUUGCGUACGUUCAUGUACGUACUGGACUUGUGCUCUAAUCGGAGUGAGGGUGUCAAACGUGAAACACUUCAAUAUUAAUUGUCCACCAAAAGAAUUUUAUAAAAUUAAGAUUAUAAUCACUUUGAUUGUGAGAAAAAAGCAGCCUGCAGUAAAAUGCCUCGUAGUGUUCAGAGUACGCAGUCUGCAGGCAGCUCCGGCUCCCGGCAUGCUAAUACCCGCAAGUACUUCACUGUCAACAAGAGCUCCACAGUGGACGAGUCACUCUUUGGCACGCCCAACGCUGUGGCUAAGAGCCGGUGCCACGAGACCCGCUCGGCCGAGCCUGUCCUGGAGACACAACCCACGAACAGAGAGAAGAGGAAGACCACGCCUGGGAAGAGGGAGGUGGUACAAGUCAUCACCAAGGACCUGAUCAGAAAUCUCAUCGUUCCCCGGGAAGAUCCAUCUGGCCAGUCCGUGGUGCUUUCCCGUGAGGAGUACUACCGUAUUAUCAAUGCCGCGCGCAUCCUGACGCAAGAGGAGCGCAACGCCGCCGAGGAAAGGAGACAAAAAGAGAAAGAGGCAGCACAGGAGGAGGCUACUGAGCGCAAGCUGCAGAUGCAGGCCCGCGACCGUGCCCGACAGAAGAACGAGAAACUAAACGACCUGGACGAGGAGGCCAAACAGAAGGCGGAGUACCUCCUCCAGAAGGCCAAAGAACAGCAGGAGGAGCAAGAGGACGAGAUUAAACAUCUCAACGAGCUGAUUUUGAAUGCCAAGUGCCACGCCAUCCGCGAUGCCCAGAUCCUGGAGAAGCAGCAGGUCAAGCAGGAACAACAGGAGGAAGAGAGGAGGCUGGACAUCAUGAUGGAGGUGGAACGCAAGAGGGCGCUAGAGCUGCAGGAAGAGAUCGAAAACCAGAAGAAGACGGAGAGAUACGAGGGUGCAGAGCAGGUUCUGACCCAGAUUGCCCAGAGGGAGGAGGAGCGGUUGUUGGAUCAGGAGCGUCGAGACCAAGAAGCGCAGCACAUGCUGAAGUACCUGGAGAAACUGCAGCUGGAGGACUUGAAGGAACUUGAGCGCAAGCACCAGAUGACGUUGGAAGCCCAGAAGGAGAUCGCCCGGGCCAACAAGGAAGCAGAGGAGCAGCGCAUCCGCCGCCAAGAGCAGGAGAAGAUGGCCGACCUGAAGGUGGCCGAGUACACCAAGAAGAAGGCGGCCCGAGAGGCGGAGUUUGAGGCGGAGCAGGAGCGCAUUCGGCUGGAGAAGGAGAAGGAGAUCGCCCGGCUGCGUGCCAUGCAGGAGAGAGCCCGGGACUACAUGGCAGAGAAAGACGCACUGCGAGCCAAACGCAACCAGGAGCAGCGUGAGCGGGAGUGGAGGCAGAAGGAGAAAGAAGAGGCCCGCAAGAAGGCAGAGACAGAGCAGAUGCUAAAGAUUGCCCGGGAGGUGCAGGUGCAGAACAAGGAGCACUUCCUGGCCGUCCAGGCUAAGCGGGAACGUCACGAGUUUGAGCGCGUCCUCAACGCACAGAACGAAGCCAUGGAGAAGGAAAAGCAGGAAGAGAUGGAGCACCACGAGAAGCGGCUGAGGCACGCCGAGGACGUCCGCAAACAGAUCCGGGAGAAGGAGCAGCUCAAGGUGUCGGAUCGCCACUCAUUCUUUGAGGAAGGGGUGCGGCUGAACGAGGAGGCCCGAGCCCGUCGCAACAAGCUGGACACCAUCAAGCAGAAGAAGCUGAACGAACUCAGAAAUGCUGGCGUUCCCGAGAAGUACUGCAAGGAAGUGGAGCGAAGAAUAGAAGCACCUGCUGCUUCACUCUUCCAGUAGAAAAGAUCUCCUGUUUAACGGUUCCUUGGUAUCGGUGGGCGAGGACAGUGUGUGUGUGUGUGGGGGGGGCAUCUCUGCAAUAAUCGCAUCACAAUGAUGACUGGUUCUCAAAUUGCACACUUUUCUGGUCUAGUUGAAUUUUUCUUUUGCGGAUGUUUCCAAAGAGGGCUGCUUCCAUAAAAAGCAAGUCCUAAGAGUGAAUUUUAUCCAUAUGAUGUGCAGUGUCAGUGUUGUUUCAAAAGUUGGCCGUUGUGAAGAUUCUCAGAACUUGUUCAUAAUCAAAUAGUGUAGUUGAGUUGUUUUUGUGUAGUGCACAAAACGUCCCCUUCUCACAAAUUACUGGAACCAGUAUUUGUUCUUGCUGCCGUGAUUUGAUAUGUGGAGGAACUCUGUGGUAGUGACUAUCAUUAGAUUACUGGUUUUGAACCCUCUACUCAGGAAGAAAAAGUUGUUAAAGUAAACCACAGAUGGCACUGUUGGAUUGAAAGUUUGUCAUAGUUUGUGAGACCACAAUGUUUACUAUAAGCAGUAUUAACGAGGUCAUGAUGUAGGUGAACAUGUGUAACUUGUGCCUGACAAGGACUGUCGAGUUUUCAUAAAAGUAGACAAGGUGUUCGUUAUUUGGUGCAGUUUUUGACCUUGGAACUUGUUCAAUUUUGGAAUUUCUGUCAGAUAUAUACAUGUAGGACUGACUAUUGUCCAAUGGUAAAGGUGCGUUAAGUUUCACCCAGAGGUGCUUUUUUCUUCCGAAUUUUCUGCCGUCCAGCUUCGAAUCUCAAGUGCCACUUUUGUUGCAUUGCCUGCAAAAUUGUCAGCUGUUAAUGCGUGCAUUUCUGAAGUACGCCAUUGCAACUGCAGAAAUUUUAAAAUUUGCUAUGAAAAUUUCACUUCCAUGUUUUCUUGGGGAAACAAACUGUUUUCAUUGUAGAUAUUUUGUAUAUACAUAAAUGUUAAUGUACAUUAUUCCUGGUAGCCGCGAGUGAAUUCCUUUGAUACAUAAAUGACAAAUUCUUCCUGUUUUUUUUUAAUAGCAGAGCCCUAAUUUAAACUUUUGAACUUUGCAUUGUAAUUGAAACUAGAAUUUUAAAAUUUGAAUAUCCGUCCAACUAUAUAAGAAAAAGCUCACAUUGAUGAAAUUCAUGUAAAUAAAGAUUUGAGACGAAACAUAGAAAGCUGAGGACACUGCAGUCUGUAUUAAAACACGUGUAAGAAACACGGA